GUGAAGAUUGGACGUGUUACACUGCCGGUGUGCUCCCGCCUGCUCCACACAUUAUAGUAAUGAGCUGGUCUCUUAAUCGGAAAAUUAUAAUGGGCUCUAAGCAUAGCAUUUAAGGACAGCCUUGGUAAUGCUGCACGGUGUCCUCCGUGCUGCGCCCCCUGUCUCUUGUCAUUACAUUCACGUUGCUUCUGUCAGCCUGGGCUACUCUGGUCUGUGCAUCAGCAUUACCUGGCUGCAUUUGGACUUCGGGGAUCAUUCCAAGGCAGGAUAAAAGGGACUCCUAAAGUUCUCAUAAGGGAACGCAUGAUCAGGCAAGAAUGCUGCUUCUCUCACUUCAGUUCACACACUGGGAUAGCCUGGUAUCCUCACAUACUUCUUAGCCAAGAAAAGCACGUCUACCUGUUUGUCAUUUGCAGAAAGGCUGCCUAAACAGGAGCUCACAUACAUCAUUUACGAUUCAGUGACAGAACAGGAGAUGACACUGGACUGAGGAAGCAAUUCAAGACCAGCUUGGCUAUGUCUGAAGUCGGCAGAGUUGCAAAUAAAACCUCCCAGCAGCAAACCCAGUCUAAAUCGGAAGAUUACAUCUGGAGUUACGAGUAUUACGAUUACGAGCCCGUAUCCUUUGAGGGACUAAAAGCUCACAGAUAUUCGAUUGUGAUUGGAUUCUGGGUUGGCCUUGCAGUAUUUGUCAUUUUCAUGUUUUUUGUACUCACCUUGCUGACCAAAACAGGAGCACCGCAUCAAGAAAGCAGAGAACCUUCAGAAAAGCGAUGUCGAAUGAACAGCUUUGUUGCAGACUUUGGGAGGCCACCCGAAGCAGACCAAGUGUUCUCACAUCAAGCAAAUGAAGAGGCCAGAUCACUGUUCCAUUGUUAUAUCAAUGAAGUUGACCACAUGGAAAGGACAAAGCACUCAAAGAAGGCUACAAAUCUGGAAGACAAUGACUUGCAUAUACAAGAGCCUCACAGGCACUGCAAGCUUGAUGAUAUGGCCUGUCUAACGAAAUUCAAUAUCCCUAACUUUGUUGUAUCAGACCAGUGCUCAUCCGUGUCUGAUGAUGACCUCCUGAUCUAUGAGCCACCAAUCACUUUAGAAAAGCAAACUAUAAAAGAUGCAUGAGAAGACAGUAUGGAAGAGAUCACUAUAUAAUUUGCUUUCAUAAAGCUGCUUUGCCAGACUGAAAGCAGUUCACCAUAUUUACACAUAUUAUUAGUGAUGAGUUAUGAAAAAUGCCCGAGCAUAAAAUCAUGAAAUCAAAAAAGACAUACUAAAGUCGCAUACAGAAGGAAAGAUGUUAAACCUGAAAAUACUGUUCCUUGUAAAUACUUGCAAUCAUCAACUAUGUACUUUGUGCUUGAUGGUGGGGCUUGCCAUCAUGGCCCUAUGCAGUUAGAAUGACACAGGAGUACAACUUAGUCCACUGUUGUUGUUUUGCUGCAUAUGUUGACUACUACACAUUCACGAGUCCAGCAACCAUCUGUCAUAGAUAUUUGUGUGUACCAUAACAUCAGUAGACCUUGUGCAGAAUUAGAUGUAUAUUACAAGAGUGAUCAUGUGCUGUACAUUCAUCACUGCAUUAGUGUAGUUAUAGUUUAUGUGGGAUAAAGGAAAAUGUGAUGACCCUGUACUAAGUAUUUAAGGUAAUUUCACUGUAUAUCAUGAUGAUAUACUCGAGUCUGGUGAGAGGUAUGUAUGACUGUCUCUUUCCCUUAUCCAUCUCCUGUAUUUUGAAAUGUCAAACCUCUCUACUGAAGGAGAGCCUACCGCUUUGAUGUUAAUUAACACUUGUCAAAAAUAAACAUGAUAAAUUGCUAUCAACAAAUGUUUUACAUGAUCCGUUAAGAGGAAAACCAACAAACUAUAUAUAUAUAUAUAUAUUUACAUAUAUUUACAUAGAUAGAUAGAUACAGAUAUAUGGGUCUACUUUGGAUAAUUGAAAAUCCAAAAUGCAGAAAACACUUGCCCAGCAUGAGGAAUCAUGCCCUUUCCCCCACUGUAGUGUGAUCCCAGAGUUGGUAUAUAUAGGUAGGUGGGGUAUGGGUGGCAUAGCCCACCACCUAGGUGUGUUUUAAAUAGUGUAGUGUGUUUUACUGUAGUGUUGGUAAGUGUUUAUUUGCCCUGGGAAUACUUACACGGUUCGGUACUUUCAUUGUCUUGAUUCUCAUGUCAGCCUUUUUGUCUUCAGGGUUUUGGAUUUUCACUUAUCCAUACACACACACACACACACACACACACACACAC